AUGGAGAGGUGUUGUGGUAGGUUAUGCUGGGGAGUCGUUGCAGGCACUGGUGGGGGGUGGCUGGGUGAGAAUGGAGGGGUGGCAGAGGAUGGGAUUCGCAGACAUCAGACAUCAAGGGCGCUUGGACGAAAGCAGGCGGAGGAAUCUGCACCUGCAGCAAGCCAGCUGCUUUCAUGCUGCCUGGAGCAUGUUCAUGUGCGUCCCUUCAUACGUGCUCUGCUGCUUUGCCUCCAGGAGCUACUGCGGCACUACGGCGGAAUCGGCAAGUUCGUGCACCUCCUGGACUAUGGUGCAGAGGCGGAAUGCACACACAGGGCGUUGUUGGCUCUCAGGAUCUUGACAGACAAGGAGGUGGACAGGUUGACGAUCAUGAAGACUGGAGGCGUUCGACCGCUAGUGCGGCUCCUGGACUCUGGCCCAGAAUCGGAGAUUACCGAAUACGCUGCUGCAGCUCUGGGAAAUCUUGCGGCAGGCUCCCAGCCCAUAAAGGAUGCACUUCGAGAAGCUGGGGCAAUUCCUCCACUCGUGAAGCUGCUUCGGGAUGACCCAGAACAGAUAUCGGCAGAGCUGGCGGCAGUUGUGCUGAGGAACUUGUCCCUGCAGAAUCCUGCCAACAGGCAGGAGAUUGUGGAAGCUGGAGGUCUUGAACCCUUGCUGCGAUUGCUGUCUUCCGGCCAGGAGAAGCUGCAUUUCCCUUUGUCCUGUGUUGCUGAAUACCUGGAGAUAAAGAGUGCGACCCAGAUGAAGACAAAGUCGUCGGACGGUCAGUGCUGCUUCGAUCCUGCACACGGCCACUUGUGCCUUGCAGUGGUGGACCCAUCGAAGCUGGGGUGCUUUGGACCGUCGGCAACUUGCAACCCAAGGGAUAGAAAUGCAGAGAGGUAUUCUUUAUUAAGGAAACUGACGAUAACUGAGCCUGACAACCACACACUCGAGCUCAAUUUCACAGCACCGGACAAGCAGGGACCUGCGCCCAUUGCCCAUCCGAACAGAUCAAACAAAUCCUCCUCGAAGCGGCUCCAGCGCAUCAUCCUGUCAUCGUGCAACGCCACAGAGGUCAAGGGCGCCAUCAUGAGAAUGUUGACCAGGAUGCAUUUGGAGAGGGAGUUCAGAAUGAACCAUGCGGCCAAUGUGCCCGUGACAGGAAGAUCACCGCAAUCGGAAUCCCCAGUGGAGCCUAUCCCAUCAGGGAGCAUGGUACAGCCAGAGCCAAGGCGACCGAUGCCAACAAGAAUCUAA